CUAUUAUAGUAAAGGUUGUGCUUCUGGCUGAUCGGUUGUUCGGAAGAGAAAAAAAUGUCGUCUGCAGCAGCGAUUUCUUCUGUGGUCGAUGAAUCUGCAAGAGACGAACCUGCUCCGUUUGAUGAAGAUGAUCCUUUUGAUUUGCCACCUCCUUUACCACCGCUUUCUCCUCAUCGCGACGAAGACGAAAUGAACCAAAAUGGCGACGCAGAUGGAGAUCAGCCGGAUGAAGGGGAAGGAGGCAAGAAAGAGUCAAACGCGAAGCGGAAAGUAAAGAGAUCGCCGAGGCCGAAGCUAGACGAAAUCAGGUAGAAAAAAUACACUAAAAUGAACAAAGAGAAUAGAUUGACUCGCCAUCAAGUUCUUUGCAAUUCCGUUAAUAGAUCAGCCCACCGUGAAAUCGCAAUUGACCAGGAUCGAAUUCUCACAGGGCUCUCGGAUUAUUUCAUUUGACCCACGCUCUUGUAAAAUGCUCCUCACAUUUCUUUGAUAUCUGAAAUAUUUGACAAGUAUCUCAGAAUAGAAAAUACGAUACGCCGAUAAUUAAUUGGAGCUAAGGCAAUAUGAAGACAUGGAGCAUGAAUGAAUGUAGUCCAAUUUUUUUCAUUAACCCCUUGUUGUAUCCCACUACAUAUAAAGCAGAAGAAUUUUGCAUUGUAAAGCUGAGGAACUUGAAACUUGAUUUAUUUGAUAAUCGAACUGUCACAAUUUGAUUGCCUUCAUGUGCUGCAAGUGACCUUUUGAAGAACCCAGUAUGUAGAGUAUGGCAAAACUCAACAACAUUUUACAUGUGUAAAGACGAAUCUUAAGUGUAACAUGUACAGUAAGAAGGGAAAUAAUUGCAUGCACGCCAUACUCUGGAGACAGAUAAAGAACUUAUACACACUGGUGUAUAUGGCCAUGAGUGACAAAUACCCCAUCCACACCAGCAAUACAUGUUUAGUUGAACUGUGUGUAACUGAAUGAAAUCAGAAACAGAAAACUAAUACAUUUCCAUGGGUACUGAUGAGGAGAAUUUUUUGAACAAUCAAAGAACUUCUUAGAUUAACAAUCAUUUCAUUUAUCCUCAUGAUCUUAAUGCAUGAGCCAGCAUACUGAAAGGCAAAACAAGAUGCUGCUCACUCUUGCAGUUUAAAGGGUUAUUAUUUGUUUUUGAUUUAAUAAUUAUUGAAAUCUUCUAAGUAGCCUCUACCAGAGGAAACAAAACAUUUCAACCUUUGUGGCUGUUAAUUUUGGAUUUUUAUUGGAGCCUAACAAAUAUUAAUUUUUUUUUCACAGGUUGUGCAGUGACCGUGGUCUUCCAGCUUUAACCCACCUUUGUGAUGGAGUCAAGUUCAAAGGGAAAGGCCACGAGGUACAUAUGAUCCAUAAACUUAUGAUCUGCAAGAGUGGUAGAGUAUUGGAGCACUGAGUGCAGAAAUGCUAGGAUGAUUCCUCAUAGGAAUUUAAGUUUUUUUCUUUGUUCCAUACUUGUGACAAGAUGAAUAUCAAUUUUCUUUGAGAAAAAACUAGUCAGUAUAAACUAUAAAGUGGGAGACACUGGCCAAAUGGUUUGUGUGUUGAACUUGAGGUCAAGAGGCUUGGGUUUCAGACCUUGCUGAGUCAUUAUGUUCUGUUCUUAGGUCAAACCCUUUUACUUUCACAGUUCCUCUCUCUGCCCAAGAGAAUAAAUGGGUAUCAGGGAAUUGUCAGGGGGUAACCUUGCAUGGACUGGCAUCCCAUCCAGGAGGGAGUAGUGAUACUCCUCGUGGCUUCAUGCUAAGGAAACUAGAAUAAGUUUCAGCUGGAUGAGCCACUUGGCUUGAGUACAGACUUCAUCUUUUACCUUUAAACUAUGAGCAAGUUUAUUUUAGUCAACUUAGAGCCCUUGGUUCUUUCAGGCCUCGGAUCUGAAGCUACUGUUGCAGCGUUAUGAAUACUGGGCACAUCGCUUGUUUCCCAAGUUUCCCUUUGCAGAUGUUGUUGAUCAAGUGGAAAAGUUGGGCAGUAAAAAGCUAGUUCAAGUAAGAAUUUAUAAAUAUAGUCUCACUUUCCAGGAUCAGAAGAAAAGUUCAUCUUUAUCUUGUCUCUAAAUCUGCCCUCAUUUGAAAUGGGAAUAUGAGGUCACAGGUCAGAGGUUGUGCUGGUAUGUAACCUUAAUGAAUUGGAAAUAGCAGCCAACCUUUAAUGCAAACCACCCUCCCUCCUACCAAGUAACAAUACUUACUGGUAAGUCUGUCUUUCAAAUGGUACCAGGGAUACUUAGAUCAUUAAAAUUAACCAGAGUGCAAAACUGAUAUGAUAGAUUGUAGUACUUUGUUAAUCUAGCCAUUGAAAUGUUCAGUACAAACCAAUGGUAUGUCUACAUGCUUUUUGACUGGUGAGGUUUUCACAACUAGGGUUUUGGUGAUCACAGUUAUGCAUAGUCUCCACUCUGUUCUCUGUACAGUUCUUGUGGUUCUGACAAGGAGAGUUUGUUUAACAAUUAAGAGCUUAUUCAUCUGAGUUGCUGAUUUAUCAAAAGGAACAUGUUUUGUCAUUAACUGUAGAACUGUAUCAAGAGAGUCAGGCGAGGUGAACAUGACACAAUUGAUGAUGGAGAAAAAUCAGAUACAGAGCUUGAUGCACAAGAGAGCGGUAUGAGCAUUAUUACCUUGUACUAAACACUUUAUUCAAUAUUCCUCUACCAAGGAAUUAACACGUUUUGCCCAAGGACUUUUACUCUGAUCUCCUUUAUGGUUAUAGCUCAGUCUUGUCACACAGCUCAUACUCUCCUGUGUUGUGUGACAAAGCUAAAUAUCUGCUUCAGACAAGUCAGACAUUGAUUAUUCUGGAUGAUACAUAAAACUUUCUAAUUAUUGUCAUGUUUUAAUUUGUCAGUGGGAGACAAAGUGUUUGGGUGGUUAGUCCACUGGGCUCUGGGGAGAGAAGUCUGGGUUAGAGACCUGGGGGGGGAGUUUAACUAUGUUUGUUCUGCAGUGAAACACUUUACUCUCCCCAUGCCUCUCUCCACCCAGGACCCAGGAAUAUAAAUAGAUAGCAGUGAACUAUCAGGGAAGCCUGUUGAAAUGCUAGGGACUGACCUGGGAAGCAGGGGUUGGAAAUAGUGAUACUCAGCUCUGGAAACAAGGAUAAGCUUUGGUUGGAUGUGCCACUUGGCUUCAGUACAGACUUUGCCUUCCUGACUAUAACUUGGAAAUUAAAAUAUUUUUUUUAUUAUUAGUGGUAUCCAGGGAUGAUGGAACACAGUCACAAGUUCCUGCUACUCCUGUUUCAAACAAUGUAUGUAUAGAAGGUCAAUUUGUCAUUUUUUAUCUCCUCUACAAGUCAAACCUUUACACCCUAACAUCAGUAUGCAUAUUCUCCAUAAUGUAUUCUGUACAUUACCCAAAAAGUACAUUUCCGAAGGAUGAAUUACAACACGUAAUUAACAUUUUUUUGAAACAUUUUCUAAUUAUUUCAGGUUCAACCAUUUGGUGUACAAGUUGAGCCAAGAAACGGGAUGGUAAGUUAAGAAUUGUUUUUCAUUAUGACAAUUUUCCUCAGCUUUGUUUUUCAGCUGAUGCACACUAGCUUAAUGCAAACUUCUUAUUCAUUUUCUACCUUAAAGGUCAUUUUGACUCCUGAACAACAAGAACGGAUGCGUUUGAAUAGAGAAAGGGCAUUGGCAAAACGCAGAGCUGCUCAGGAGAACCAGACUGCUCAUGGAAACACUCAAAUAAGUAAGUUUUAUUCUUGAAGGGAUUUCAAAUCAAGUUAUGAACUACCUUGUCACUCACGUAAAAAAUUACUGAAUGCUGAUUGGCCCAGACGGAGGGUAUUUUUUUCACAGACUGAGGUAAUUCUGGAAAAAAUUCCAAACCCCUAAAAAUAGACAAACAAACAAAUAAGAGUCUAGAAUCCCAAUAUUUUCAACUUUUUCUUGAUAAGUCACAGAAUACCAUACUUUUUGUGGACAUACCAGUAAAUUUUACUACAGUUAGAACCUUCUGGUUCAGGCCCUAGAAAGUCGAAAUCAAAGGCCGAAGUGGUGAAUAAAUGACUGAAGAUGUAUGAAAAUCAUAUAUGUGAACAGCGGUUGAAGAAACGAAUAUGGAAGCGAUCCUUGCAGGUAUUAACACUACCUUAGUAGUAGUGAAAAUAAGGCCUGAAGAGAAUUCAGGCCCAUACGGGAUUUGAACCCAUGACCUCUGUGAUACCGGUGCAGCGCUCUACCAACUUAGCUAACAAACCAUCUGUCAUUAAGAUGAUUUCAAAGAAACCCUGGAAUUGGUGAACCCACAAAGACAAAUACUUUUCAUGAGACAAAGAAAAAAUUAUAGGUCCUUAGAGGAAUCGAACCUCAGACCUUUGGAUUCCGCGCUCCGAUGCUCUACUACUGAGCCACAGAGACUCUAUGGUGAGCGGGGUAUUUUUCAGAACAACCACAGAAAACUAAACUCAUAGUGUCCACCUUGAAUGUUGAUUACAUGUUUUUAUUCCCUGAUAGAUGACCAGACAACCGUCAUCGAGGAACCCUCGCCAUCUAAUGAAGUUGUGGGGACUGCCAAAGACGCUGACAGCAGAGCAGGAAAUGUUGGAGUGGAGAACGAUUCUUCUGCGCAAGCAAAUGACAUUGAAAUGUUUGAUAAUCAGGUGGACGUAACUGUAGAUGUUUCGUUACCUAAUGACGGAAGUUUGGAGUCAGCUGAUGGCGCAGGAAUGGGUUGUGAGAACAAGAAUGCCAGAGAGGAAGAUAUUGAGAUGGAAAAUGCUGAAACAACAACGAAUCUUGAAAAUAGCAGCGAUGUUGCUAAAAAUCGAGAAAACUUUCCCACAGUGCAAGAUACGAAUGUCAGUAAAGGCAUUAAAGAGAAUGACUUGUCAAUCUCUGUCAACAAAGGAGAUGCAGAUUUAGAGACUACCUUCCAUGAGGACGAAACAACUUCCGCUUCACGGGUGGAGGAUAUCCAGCGAGAAGAGGCACAUGAAACACCUGAAACGCGGCCCUCAGAGCAAGGCCCCGCUGAAAACGGGCUUGAUGGGGAUCAGAACACGGAAAUGGAACCGGAAUCAUAGAUUUGAAUUUCUAGAUGGACAUAAACCGAAAUCCUCUAUUAUUUGUUCGUCUUAGAGUAAGAAUGUCCUCUGGGUUUGUUGGUGAAGCUCAAAACAGAAUAGUAUGUCAACAGGAUACCCGUAAAUGAGUAAGCUUUGUUUUUUAAAAUUCUCGAGUUUUUCUGUUCCCGAAUUUGGGUCCUUUUACAAAUAUCUGUGAACGUUUCGAUUUUAUGUCGCUUUGUUCCUUAUAUGUUUCCUUUGAAAUUUUGCGCGGGAAACUAACGCGCGGCCAACGUUUGACCGCUCUGUUGCUCUAGACCAUGCAACAUGCGCAUGCAUUAUUCGGCAAUGAUCAUCGGUGUAGCUACAUGUCUCCACCUUAAUCUGCUUCGUGAAUACCAUUUAUAACACUAGUCGCUGGGGUUCACUUUCUCCCUGCGGUUGUGUUACAGGGGCAAAAUUAUUUUUCAGGCAUGAUGUUCAAAAAGGAAAGGCAUUGCGUCACAUCACCGGCCGAUGUUUUUCGACCUUUAAAUAGCUUUGUUCGAAAUUCCCUCGAUGACAUUUAUGUAAGGGAUUUCCCCUUCUCUAACCUUCCCUCUAAGGUAUUUUACUUGCGCUUACGCCUCCGUUGUGCGUGAGAACCAUCAAGUUCGCGAGACCUUCGCAUCGUCAACCAUAAGAGAAGUUCAUGUUUUGUUCGUUGUAGCUGCGUAGAAAAAUCGAAAUAAAAUAGCAACCUUCAAUACGACGCAAAUUUCACUUCCGACAUUUGCAACGUCUUAGUUGUUUGUACCGUUGUGAAAUUGUGAGACAAUAAUACCCACAUGACUACCAAUUAAAUAUAUAUGGUUUUCUUCCACGUCUUGAUUCAUACUUGGGCGUUGGUUGGGGACAAUAAUCUUCGCGCGUGUUUACUAAACGCCUUUCACCUCAACAUCAUAGACAUGGGCUUUUCCCAUGGAAAUUACAAGUAGAAUUUGUCUAAUAUGCGAGUUCUUGCAUUCGCAAUCAUUUCCUUUAUUCUCAGUACCUUGAUGUUUGAUUCAGGGUUGAUACUGUUGGAAGAAAUUAGAUGGUGAUCUUUCCUAGGGACUUAAGGGUUG